CGAAGUGUUUAUUCAUCAUUUAUCUAUUUGCAAUUUAUUUUUAAAGAUGGAUUUAAAGUCGGAACCUUAUCCAGAGCUGCAGCCUAUAGAAGAGGUGGCACUGGACACCGUGGUGUCAGUUAUGAACAGGGCUAAGGAGCAGCUAGGGGAACGGCAGACGCUGAAGGAACUUGCACGCUGCCGUGAACUGUUCGGCGGUAAAACCAAGCUGGACAUCACCGGCCUCCGAGCGCCCCUGGCUAUCACAGCAGAACAGCUCAUCGACGACACCAUCAGAUACCACUGGAAGCUGACUGGACUCUUCAUGUUCGCCCUCAACUAUAAGAACACUUCCAUUGAUGAAUGUUCUCAUUACUACUACUAUGAGGCCAUAUUCAGUCAGCCUACAGCCAAGUACCCCAUACCUCAAGCAACAGCUACUGUCUACUUUAGUGUUCAACAGAAGUACACUCAUCCGCCUAAAAACGCGCCAGUUCCUGUGAUUCAGUUCCGGCUAGAAGGGCAGCGAACGUCACACGAUAUCCGCUACGUCACCCUCAUGCCCGAAUGGCUCCUCGCCAUCAUCAAGAUGAAGAUCACGCUCUUCAAGCGUAUCGAGGAAUAUCACAUAUUCUGAAACAUUAUAUAACAUCACAUCAUUGACUCUAUCUAGAAUAAUUAACCCCUUAUUCGUAAAACUUUACGGGCCGGAUUUAGUUAAAUUAUGUUUUCUCCCAUUCUUACAAAUACAUAACUCAAAAUGACGAUAAAGACAAACGAUUAUUA